AUGGGAAAUGUACUACGUAAACGUGCUGAACUUUACAAAACCUUAACUGAUGAGGUAUUAAAACAUUGCUGUGCAGUUACUGGUUUUAGUUCGGAAAUAAUUCGUAAAGAACAUGAAAAAUUCUUUAAUAUUGCUGAAGAUGGUCGCUUAAAAAAACAUUAUAUGGAAGAAUUAUUAGGUGAUUAUAUUCCAGCUGGUAAACAAAAACGUGUAAAAUAUUUAACAAAUUGUAUAUUUUCUGCUAUUGAUACAAACGGUGAUGGUUACAUUGAUUUUCUUGAAUAUUUAAUGAGUAUAAAAUUUUUUCAAACUGAAUCUCCCAUUGAAAAAGCUGAUUUUAUAUUUCGUAUUAUCGAUAAAAAUGGUGAUAAUCUCGUUACAGCAAAAGAACUGGCACGUGUACUUAAAUGUUUUGAAGAUUAUCAUAAAAAUUCGUCGAAUUCUCAUAUUACAAAUGUAAUGUGUCAUGGUCCAUUACCUGCAGCAAAUGCAAUUCUUGAAAAAUUAGAUGAAGAUAAAUCAGGAUUAAUCGGUGUUUCGGAAUUCGUCGAUGGUUGGCUUAAAGAUGAAACCAUACGAGCAUUAUUCACAUUCUAA